GCAAGGGACGUAGAAUGUAAAAGUGAGCAUGUGUAUCGGAAUCGGUACCGAGCUCUAAGGAGUCAGUAGACCGCACAUGCUACUGCGGUCAACAUCAUACAUCGGUUGACAUUUUGACAUAGGUCGAUAAUUUUAUUGAAAGAGCAUUUUAAAAGCAUAAAAUUAGCAAGAAACAAUUUUUAAGUAUAACGGAUAUUUAAUUAGUGAUACGCAGUGAUUUUUUUUUUAAUUCACAACAACUUUCACCUGACACCACCAACUUGUAUUUCUCUGAUCGUUUUGCAAUGGUCGUCUGAUCGGUAGUGUGCUGCUCCGUAAAAUAAAAAAAAAUUGAAUAGAUCCGACAGAAAAAUAAAGUAAUUGCAAUAGCAUUUAUCAAGGAUGGAAGUGUUGAUACACGAGGCGUCCAAAAGUGGACAGGAAGCAGCGAAUAAAAUAAGCAACGUGCAACAGGUAACCAGAAGUCAGAACUCGGUCGUGCGAACUGAAGACUCCGAACAUUUUUCAAGUUUCUGCCAAAAGCAGUCAGUGGACAUAACGUUUGAGGAUAUCCGUUACACAGUAUCUCUUGGAUUUCGAAAAGGCAAGAAAGAAAUUUUACACGCUAUUAAUGGACGAUUUCCGCCGAAGCAACUCAUCGCCAUUAUGGGUCCAUCCGGUGCUGGAAAAUCAACUCUUCUUGAUAUUCUUUCUGGUUACCGAAUCACCGGCGUCCAAGGUGACGUUUACGUUAAUGGACGAAUUCGUGACUUGAACUCAUUCCGCAGAUCCAGCGCCUACAUCACGCAAGAUGAUCGUUUGCAACCUUUAUUAACGGUUCUCGAGAAUAUGAAAGUGGCGGCAGAUUUAAAAUUGAAAAGUAGUACUCCCGAACGAGAGAAACGUUACACGAUUGAAAAAAUACUCAGCACUUUGAAUCUUUACGAGCACAUGAAGACUAGAACUGAAAGACUGAGUGGUGGACAAAAGAAAAGACUAUCAAUUGCCUUGGAAUUAGUUAAUAAUCCGACAGUUAUGUUCCUUGACGAGCCCACCACUGGACUUGAUAGCUCGUCCUGUACACAGGUUGUGAAAUUAUUAAGAGUCCUAGCACGACAAGGAAGAACUAUUGUUUGUACGAUUCAUCAACCCAGCGCCUCAUUGUUUCAACUAUUUGAUCAAGUUUAUGUAUUAUCCAAAGGAGAAUGUUUAUAUCAAGGCGCGACUAAACAUUUAAUUCCCUAUUUGGAAAGUGUUAAGCUGCCUUGUCCAAUGUACCACAAUCCAGCAGAUUACGUUAUCGAAUUAGCCUGCGGGGAGUAUGGUGAAGAUAAAAUAGGUGUAUUGGUUACGGGAACUCAAAAUGGAAGAAAUUUACAAUGGUUCGAUAAAGAUCAUGUAUUACUGGAUCCAAAAACUGUCAAAGCGAAACACCCUUUGAAGGAUUCUCCGAAAUAUGAUAAAAAUUCAAGUUUACAAGUGACUUCGCAAAUGCAUCAGAUCAAAAUCCUGCUUGGGAGAGGUUUUAUCAAGACCAAAAGAGAUUCGACACUCACAUACUUGCGCAUUAUGGCGAAUAUCUUUACCGGCCUGAUGUUGGGAUGUGUAUUUUUAUAUGCCGGAGGCGAUGGGUCCAGAGUUGUCGCUAAUUAUAAUUUACUAUUCGCCAUAUUGAUACACCAUAUGAUGAGUACGAUGAUGCUGACAAUACUCACGUUUCCCGCCGAAAUGAACAUCUUACAAAAAGAGCACUUCAAUAGAUGGUACAGCUUAAAAGCGUAUUACGUGUCAAUAACAAUGAUCGACAUACCCGUUUGCAUAUUUUGCUGUUUGUUGUUCUCCGUGAUAAUAUACGUAAUGUCAAAUCAGCCUCUGGAAAUUAUAAGAUUUUCGAUGUUCUUCACUAUAAGUCUACUCAUCUGUUUCGUAGCUCAGAGUUUCGGCUUGAUGAUAGGAGCAGUAUUCAACGUAGUGAAUGGUACGUUCUUGGGCCCAACAAUUUCUGUACCCAUAAUGAUGUUUGCUGGAUUCGGAGUAACGUUAAAGGAUCUACCAAGUUACCUUAAGUGGGGUACUUAUAUAAGUUAUCUACGGUAUGGACUAGAGGGUUACGUUGGAGCCAUUUAUGGGUACAACCGAACGACUUUGCCGUGUAAUCAAAUUUAUUGCCACUACAAGGUUCCUUCAAUGUUAUUACGCGAGAUUGCUAUGAGUGGUGAUCAGUUUUGGAAUGAUGUCAUUGCUCUGUCUGUGAUUCUAUUAAUUACCCGUUGCUGCGCCUAUCUUCUUCUUCGAUGGAAACUCAUGGCUACAAGAUAAAUUUGUAUCUAUUCAUGUGAGAGAGAAGUUCAUUCAUUAGUUAAUAUCCUUAUUACAAAUUUUGCUUUUUUAAAAUCAUUUUUUCAUCUAUUGGGCCUGAUGCAAUUCUCACAUAUUCACUAUUGCAUUUAACAAUUAUGACUAUCGUAUAACGAUUAUGAAUCGGAAUAUUUCUCUAUUAACUCAUUCGUGUUUUGUACAAAAGAUCAAAUUUGGGCUUCAUAUAUGAUUUAGAGGAAUAGCUCUCGACUGUAGCCAAGAAUGCACACAAAAAUUAACUAGCAGUCCUGAGUCUCGAUUCGAUGAAUUAAAGUAAGGGAGUCACAAUGUGCCUUCGAUACUGGUAGAUCACUUUGGGAUAUAGCCAUAUAGCCUAAACGGAAGUGUACUUUUAUUGGUUGCGCUGUUAUCCUGUAUACAUCACACUGACGCGUACCUGUUACAUCAGGUUCGGGAUUUAUUUAUUACUCACGCUUGUCUAUAGCCUUGUGAAUAAUACAUAUCUUUUAUGUGUUUUCUGGAAAAUGAUUGUAUGUUUAUCGAUUUUUUUUUUGAAUUCUUUAAUGGAGUUUUGUGACGGCAAACGACAGUCAUACCGUGUAAGCUCGUUAAACGCUUACCUUCUUGCACGUAUUUAUUUACGUACAUUUAAACUUAGCAUUCGUAUGUUAUAAAAAAUAUUUACAAACCAUUUAAGACUAAAGGACCAUUUUAAAUUUGUUUUACUAUAAAAGUCAAAUGAACUUUGUACACAAUAACUUCGAUUGAUACGUUGGACCUGAAUCUAAUAUAUAUACACACACACACACAUAUAUCGCAUGCGUUACUAUUUAUUCAAGAACAGUUAAUUCAUUGCAACAUUCCAAUAUUAAACUAUGAAUUCAAUUUUUGGAUAGUCAUCAGAACUACGAUUACAUAUAAAAUGCGAGUCUGAGAUGUACAUAUAAUUUACUUCUAUUGGUAUUGACACUUUAGGCGGGAAUUUUGGCUGAUUAACAAUUAAUAUUAACUAAUAAGUUAUAUAAUAAGGGUAUCGAGCAUGUGACUAUAACAACGCCAGGAGCACGCGUUUACAUUUAAAAUGUGUUAUGAGAUAAAACAUGUGUUUGAUCAAUGCAAUAUUUUUGUGAUAUUUACACUCGACCAUGAGAUUAGAGUUAUGUAUUUUACUAUAAAUGGCAGUGUAAUUAUCCAAACCUAUUUAAUAUCGUUAGGAAGAAUAAUAAACUUAAAUUAUACGUGUUAUAUGAAGACUAUUUUGUAUAAACUAUUGUAUAUGUAUUUUCCAUAAAUAAAUUGUAAUAAAAAUAGAGGUACAAUACGUAAUCUAA